CAACAGAAGUCAAGUGGCGUUUAUGCAGGAUAUCCCACCAUUCAAACUACAUGUGAAUGAAGUUUGCACUAUGAUAAUGCAUGAAAAAACCAAAGCAUAUACGGCGUGUGAAUAUUAUGGUUCUUGUUCGUUCACUUCUACCACAUUUAAAUUAUGCGACACAACAAAUCAACUGUAUUAAUGCGUACGAGCGAAUAUACUGCCGGCUGACCGGCUGGAUCACAUCUCCGCAACUUGACGGUUUCACGCGGCCUAAUACACGACUGCACUGUAUUAACGCGGGUACUACAUUGUAGACUCUUCGUGCGCGUUGGCCUUGCUCAGGGUUUACGUGCGAUGGUGUUCGCCCAUCAUCUGUUCGUUGUCAAGUAGCCUGAACAACAGACUCGCGUUUCGCCAUCUACAGACUAUACCGUGCGCACCUGUCGCAUGUAAUUGGUCGUUGAAGGGUGCUCAGCAUUUUUUGGUUGGCGGUUGGCGGGCUGAUCAUGGGGAGUUGAUUAAGCGGGUUGUCGUUCCUGUUCGUCUCUCUUCCGCAGGUCACCGAGUAGCAUCUAUAUUUUCCACCAGCGCACGUGUGCUACGCUUGUGAACGUGGACUUGGAUAAACAAAAUUUUUAUUUGCUGGUCGUUCGCGUUACAAGUUAAAAAUGACCCCCAUGUAUUCGGAAUCUUUACUAUGUUUUGAGGAAGCAUCGAAAUAUCCUGGUUGAAGUGUUUUAAUUUGUCGUGCAUAUACGACAAUCAUGGAAUUUUAAUAAUCGAUUGGAAUAUCCUCACACAGUUAUUUAAUUUGACGGAUACAUCUGCAUCAUUUUUAUUAUUUAUGUUUGGACACUUGGUGGAAAGACAAAUUGUUUUAAGGAUUACCUAUUUCUUUGUGACCAAUGCAUGGCAUUUCAACCCCGAUUGAAAAUUUUUGCGAGUGAAAACAAUGGAAGCGGUAGCACUGCAGCCAAGCUUGCCGCACAAACAGCAACAGCAACUUAUGCAUCAUGGUCAUUUGCAACUGGAAUCGAUGAUUUACAAGCCCGGAUUCUCGGACAUCGAUCCUCUGCAAAGCAUGGAAAACAGCGGUACCUGUCUCUGGUUCUCGAAAACUAAUCUAAUUACACACAAAUACCAAAUUUAUUCAGCUAUUUUCCCAAGGCUGUUUUAUUACCGGAUUUGUGAGAAUAUGUAUAUGAGUAUGAUAGUUUCCAUCGCCAAAACGCACUCUGGGAAUAUACCUAAGUGGUAACAGCACUUAAUGCACUACUCGAAACCAGAAGACGGGUCAUGCAUCCCUCGGAACAGCAUUAUGCACUAAAAAGAAAAUAUAAUGUUUUAGCUUUAUUUGUUUUUCAUAAUUCUUGGUUAAAGGCACUUUGAAGGCUAAGGCUUUGAAGGCUUUGUUUUAAAAAGUGACUUUGCUUCGUUAUAAUUUUGUCAUUAUUGUUAUAAUUUUCACAACAAGUAUAUAUCUGUAGGUAUGCAAAGUUUGAGCCCUGUGGAUUCUAUCACUGCGAACGAAUUGUCGUCUUUUCUAUUUUUACAGGACCUCCUUCCGGUCACAAUGCCCGAAUGCUGCAGCAGAAUGGCGCGGGGCCGUUUAUUAACUCAAAUGAACCAUUUUGUCAUGAUGCCCUCCCAAACAGGAAAUCAUUUCGGCCCGCCACACGCCGCAGCCAUGCCAGCACCUGACCAUCUGCCUAACCAGAUCGUAGGACAUUACAACGGUAUUAACGUUACGUCCAAUGCAAAUGCCGGUCACCAGUUCCCCCCUCAGCUGAAGAAUAAUAAGCGGGGUUCCGUUGAUUAUUCUAAUGGGAUGCCGGAUUAUUCGAAAACAGCGGUGGAAACCUGGAUGAAUUCGCCUCGCUCGGUUACUUCCGACGAUUCCAUUGAGAAUAAUCAAAAUCAGAACAUAAAAGGAUUCCCCAAAAGCCUUGUGAAUUAUCCCAACAACGUCAAGCGACAGAAUGUUGGACAAUGGCAUUCGCUGAAUAAUAUUUCGCCUCAGUUCAUCAGCCAAAAUCCUCGCGGGAUAAACGCAAUGUCGCAAGUGACCUUUUCCCAUAAUCCAAUGCAGUCCGGCGUUCCCAUGGUACAACAACGGUCGGCAUAUUUGCCGGCACCAGCGGGAAAUGUGGCGUUCUAUGGCACACCGCGGAUACUUGAUCUCCAGGGUCAGGUUACACCCGCCAUGCAGCAUCCCCGUCUACCCGUACAGUACAUUCUCCAGCCGCGGAUGCAGCCCUUUAAUCCGCGCAUGCCCACGCCAGCAAUGUCGAUGCAAACAGCACCACCGCACAUGCUGCAACAUCAGCACCAGACUCCCUAUGCGCCCAAUCCAGCACAACAACAGCCAAUGGGACCGCCACCGCCCACGGGGCCGCCGCCAGAUCAACAUAACUCCAGCGAAAAGAAAGCCCGCUUCCUUCGUACUGCUCAAAUCCUGGAACAGUCGGGAUUAAUGGAAUGUACAUUGAAAACGGCGGCAUUAAUGAAGGAAAAUGCCGCAUUGCAGAAAGAAAUUGAUGCGCUGACAGCGGAAACCGAGGCCCUCAUAGCGCAAUAUCUCAAUAUGCCCAGAGAUGUGUCGCAAAUGACGAUAAUGCACCAGAUGCCUCCGCAAUCCAUGUUUCCUAACCAGCAACAGUUCACACAACCACCACCGGGUAUGCUUCCGCCCAUCCGGCAGGGAACAGCCACAUCCAUGACAUCAGGGGUUCCGUAUAUGCAUCCCGCAGGAAUGAUAUGACUACCUUAAAAAUUAUAUUCUACUUUGUUAUACCUUGUUGAUUGUUCCACGGACUGUAAUCCCGACACAGCUGGACUGCAACGUCUCAUCUUGUCGGAUACGCCAAAAUACCCCCACUGUAUUAACAAAGGAUUGUGAUCCCAAUGGUCACGGAUGCUGUUGCGAUCGUAUAAAAGAAAGUUUUAUUAAUUUUUGACUUUCAGAUGUUUUGUUGUAAUAUCGGGUACCAUCGCUGCCUAAAUUGCCUAUUAGUGCUUCUUUGAUUGCUCUUUCAGUGCAGUUUUAUUUUUACUCUUUUUGAAAUACAACAGAUUUGCUGUUUUAUAAUUUUUGUAUACUAAUAAUGCUCUGUAAUAUUUGAUUACCGCUUCUGCAAUAGGUGCCUAGUUUAAACUGCUUCCGAUCUGCCCAAGAUUUUUGCUUUGAAUAAUUUUCGCCAUCGCACAUGUUUCUAUUGGGAUUAAACUUAUUA